AUGAAACAUUUAUUGUAUUUCUCUCUCUCUCCCUCUGUCUGUCUGUCUGUCUCUCUCUCUCUGUCUCUCUCUCUCUCUCUCUCUCUUAUCUCUUUUUCUCUCAUGCGUUUCUUUCUUUCAUUUUCUUCCCCUCCCCAUACCCUUCUUUCUUUCUCACUGUUUUUCUUUCUCUUUCUCAAUAUCAAUCUUUCUCUCUUUCACUCUCUCUCCCCCACUUUUUCUUUCUUUACAGACUCUUUCUCAAUGUUUCGCUUCCUCUCCCAAUUUUAUUCUUUUCUCUUUCUUAAUUCUUACUCUCUCUCUCUCUCUCUCUCUCUUUCUCUUUAUUUUUUUCUCAGAAUCUCUUAUUCUCUUUCUUUCAAACCUUUCUCUUUUUUCUCGUUCAUUUUUAUAUCUUUCUCUUUGUUUUUUCCCGUGUCACCCUUUCUCUUACUCUCGCCCAUUUUUCUUUCUUUUUCUCUCUUUCUUUUUUGGCUGUCUCUCUCUUUCUCCCUCCCAUUUUUUCUUUGUCUCUCUUUCUUUCUAUUUGUGGCAUCUCUCUCUUUCUUUAUCUCUCUUUAUACUGUUGCGUUUUCUCUCUUUCCCACUUUUUCUUUCUUUUCUCUUUCUUCUUUUCCGUUUUCUCUCACUUUCUCCCUCCCACUUUUUCUUUUUCUCUCUCUCUCUUCUUUUGUGGUAUCUCUCUUUCCUCUUUUGCGAUAUCCCUCUUCUUCUCUGACGCUUUUUCUUUCUUGCUCUCUCUUUCUUCUACUUCGGAAUCUCUCUCUCUCUCUCUCUUUCUCUCUCACAGUUUUUCUUUCUUUCGCUCUCUUUUUUUUCUAUUACGAUAUCUCUCUUUUCUCCCUCUCUCAUGUUUUUUUAACGUCUCGCUUUAUUCUAUCAUCUUUGCGAACCGUUUCCUCCCCUCUUGCCAUUUUCAUCCUCCCCUUCCUCUUCCCGGUCGUUUUCCUCUCUCUACAGUUCUUUUUCCGCCUUCUCCUGUCAACCUCCUCUCUUUGUUUACUCCUAUUCCUUUUCCUCCCUGCCACUCCUUCACUGUCCCUUCUUUUGUUCCAUUCUCUCUUCAAACUCUCUCCAUUCUAUUCACACUUUCUAUUCCAUGUCUCACAAUUCUUUUAUAUUUUGUAG